GGCGCGCUCCUUUGGUUCCGUGUCUCUGCAGGAGGAGGCGCGCUCCUUUGGUUCCGUGUCUCUGCAGGAUGAGCGCUGCUGGGGUUUCUGAGGAGAGACUCAAAUAAAGAAGCUGCUGUGUUUCACUGCCUCUGCCCGAGCCUCACGGUUACGGAGCGCACCAUGAUCCGGAUCAGGACCUCGUCCAUCGCUCGGCUUCUCCUCCUGUUCUCCAUCGUCUCCGUGCAGCUCCAGUGUUCUGCAGGAUCUGCUCUGACCUCCAACUCCUCCGACAGCAACCAGACCCGGUGUGGCGGAGCGAGUGCCUGCAUUGCGGGGGUGAUCCUGCCGCUGUGGGAGCCCCUGGACCCCCCCCUCACCGACCGCAUGGCCAGGGCCACCAUCUACUUCGUGGGACUGGCCUACAUGUUCCUGGGCGUGUCCAUCAUCGCUGACCGCUUCAUGUCCUCCAUCGAGGUCAUCACGUCGCAGGAGAGACAGAUCACCAUCAAGAAGCCCAACGGGGAGAAGAUCACCACCACGGUGCGCGUCUGGAACGAGACAGUGUCCAACCUGACGCUGAUGGCUCUGGGCUCCUCUGCUCCGGAGAUCCUGCUCUCGGUGGUGGAGGUCUGCGGUCACGGGUUCAACGCCGGAGAGCUCGGACCCAACACCAUCGUGGGCAGCGCCGCCUUCAACAUGUUCGUCAUCAUCGGCCUCUGCGUGUCCGUGAUUCCCGAUGGAGAAACCAGGAAGGUGAAGCACCUCCGGGUGUUCUUCGUCACCGCCACCUGGAGCGUGUUCGCCUACAUCUGGCUCUACCUGAUCCUCGCCGUCUUCUCCCCGGGGGUCGUUCAGAUCUGGGAGGGGCUCGUCACGCUCGCCUUCUUCCCGAUAUGCGUCGGGUUCGCCUACGUGGCCGACCGCAGACUCCUCUUCUACAAGUACAUGUACAAACGCUACCGGGCCGGGAAGAGGAAAGGAGUGAUCAUCGAGACGGAGGGAGAACCGUUGGAGCUGCCGUCAAAGAUUGACGUGGAGAUGGACGGGAAGAUGCUGAACUUCUCCAACAGAGGAGAAGAGUUUGAGUUCAAGGAGCUGGACGAGGAGGAGUCGCGCAGAGAGGUGGCCCGGAUCCUGAAGGAGCUGAAGCAGAAACACCCCGAGAAGGAGAUGGAGCAGCUGAUGGAGCUCGCCAACUACCAGGUUCUGAGCCAGCAGCAGAAGAGCAGAGCGUUCUACCGCUGCCAGGCCACCAGGAUCAUGACGGGCGCCGGGAACAUCCUGAAGAAACACGCCGCCGAACAGGCCAAGAGGGUGAAUCAGCACGACAUCUGCUCCGAAAUCGCCGCCAACGACUUCUCCUCCAAGCUGUUCUUCGACCCCGGCACCUACCGGUGUCUGGAGAACUGCGGCAGCGUCGCUCUGAAUGUUGUGCGUCGCGGAGGAGAUCCCGGGAACACCGUCUGCGUGGAUUACCGAACAGAAGACGGCACCGCGAACGCAGGGUCAGAUUACAGAUUCACCGAAGGGACUAUCGUGUUCAAACCCGGGGAGGCGGAGAAGGAGAUCCGCAUCGAGAUAAUCGACGAUGACAUCUUUGAGGAAGACGAACACUUCUUGGUUCACCUCAGUAAUGUGAGGGUGAUAUCACAGGGCAACGAGGGCGAGAACAACCACGUGGACGCCCUCGCCGGGUUAGGUUUGCCGUGCUCGGCCACCGUCACGAUAUUUGAUGACGACCACGCCGGCAUCUUUACCUUCGAGGAGCCGCAGGUGACCAUCAGCGAGAGCGUCGGCAUGAUGGAAGUGAAGGUGAUCCGGACGUCGGGGGCUCGCGGCGUCGUGAUGGUGCCUUAUAAAACCACGGAGGGAACGGCGAAGGGUGGCGGCGAAGACUUCGAAGAUACCCACGGAGUCCUGGAGUUCGACAACGAUGAGAUCUUACACCUUUGCCAGUAAAGUGUCUGCCAUCCAGGACCAAUACGCUGACGCCUCCAUCGGCAACGUGACAGGAAGUAACGCCGUCAACGUGUUCCUGGGUAUCGGCGUGGCCUGGUCCAUCGCCGCCAUCUACCACGCCAUCCACGGCGAGGAGUUCCGCGUGGACCCGGGAACCCUGGCGUUCUCCGUCACGCUCUUCUGCAGCUUCGCCUUCAUCUGCUUCGGCGUGCUCCUGUACCGGCGCCGGCCCUCCAUCGGGGGCGAGCUGGGCGGGCCGCGGGUCCCAAAGAUCCUGACCAGCUGCCUGUUCUUCAGCCUGUGGCUCCUGUACAUCGUGUUCUCCUCGCUGGAGGCCUACUGUCACGUCCAGGGGUUCUAACGUUCUGCUGCAGAGGCUCAAAAACGGUUCCUGAUUAACUGAUGGAGCUCCCAAUGGGUUCCGAAGGGUUCUAAUGGGUUACAAUGGGUUCUAAUGGGUUUCAAUGGUUUUGAAUGUGUUCUUAUGUUUUUUCUAAAAGGUUCCAAAGGCUUCCUAUGGGUUCCAAAGGGUUCCAAUGGGUUCUAAAGGGUUCCAAAGGGUUCUAUAGAGUUCCAUUGGGUUACAAAGGUUCCAAUGGUUUUAAAGGGUUCCAUUGGGGUCCUAUAGGUUCUAAAGGGUUCCACAGGGUUCUAUAGAGUUCCAAUUGGUUAUAAAUGUUCCGAAGGGUUCCAAAGGGUUCUAAUGGGUUGCAAUGGGUUCUAUUGGGAAUCAAUGGUUUUUAACAUGUUCUUAUGUUUUCUAAAGGGUUCCAAUGGGUUCCAAAGGGUUAUAUAGAGUUCCAAUUGGUUAUAAAGGUUCUAGAGGGUUCCAAGGGUCUAAAAGGGUUCCAUUGGGGUCCAAUAGGUUCCACAGUGUUUCAAUGGCUUAUGAUGGGUAUUAAUGGAUUCUAGAGGGGUUUAAUUGCUUCCAAUAGGUUCCAAAUGGUUCCAAAGGUUAUUAAGGGUUAUAAAGGUUCUAAGGUGUUCCAAUGGGUUAUAAUGAGUUCUAAUUAGAUUCUGCUUGUGGCGGAAAGCAACUAAGUACAUUUAAUAAGUACUGUACUAAGUACUGUACAAUUAUGAGGUACUUGUACUUUACCUUAGCAUUUCCCUUUCAUACUAUUUAAGUGAAUUCAAAUGAAAAUAAUGUGUUUUAAUGCGCUACGUUUAUUCUAAAGCCUCAGUUACUCUUCAAAAUAAAGAAACAGGAUAAAUGCCAAACACAAUGUAUCUCUGGAGAUUAUUCAAGUGCAGUUUUUUCAGUCUCAGGGACAACAAGUAAAAUGAUCCAAUAUAAGAAAAGUAAAGACAGAAAGUCGUAAACGUGAAUCAUGUGUCAGAACUGUUUUUGUCUACAGCUGUAAAAUGCUGCGCACGAUCUAAUAAUAUGAUAUAUAUAUCAUAGAGGCCAUUUUACUGCAGAAAGAGUUAUUUUACUUGUCAAACUUUAAGAUCAUUUUGUAGAUAAUACUUUUGUACUUUAGAGAAGUGAGUAACAUGUUUCUGAGUUUUUACGAAGUACAGCUGUGUGGAAGAUCCGUCUCUUUGGAGUCUUCUUUAAGAGCCAGUCCAAAACAGGUGAUGUCAAUACUUCAGGGUUUCUUUCUAUUUCAUCUGGUUUGGUUUCCGUCAUGAUGGGCUUCCCUUAGCGUGUUCUGUAUGUUCUCUCUUCAAACUUCCCCAGAAGAAGAAGUCAGUCGACUCCGUGCACAUCCAGGAGGCCCACAACCUGGAUGUGUACUGAUCGACUCACUGACAUUGAGCUUCAGUUUCGCUUGGAAUAAACAACAGGACUAAGCGAUCUGCCAAACAAACAACACCACAGUUUGGAUAAAGCUGACUGAGUGUCGUCUCCCUUUAGAGCUUCAACAUCUUUAGUGGGUUUUCAAAGCCCCCAAGGUUCCUUCAGGACUCUAAACCUCUCUGUGCAUUUCUCCGUUGUCUUUGUUGGACUUUUCUCUGUCGGCUGAGAGCCUCAGAGACGGGACUAUCUUCAUCCUUACAUACCUCUGGAACAAUAACAUGUAUCAUGAAUGCUUCAUCUGUACCUUUAAGUAUUACACGACCACAGCAGGGAGGUCAUGCUGUCUGAAACGGCAGGACUUUCUGAGUGACUGGAGCCGGAGUGUUGCACCUCAAUGAAUAUCUGCACUGAGUUUGAUAUGUAGUUAGUUUUAAAACAUAAGUUUAGAAGCGUAGGAGGAUCCAGAGUUUGGCGUUGAAGCCGUUUUAAGGUCUUCGCUGUACCGAGAACACAAACUCUUUCACACAGAGACUCUUCAACCUGAGCCGGUGGAUCCAAAUGUUUGAGAACAUAUAAGUGUGUAUGUGUGUGUGAAUGUGAGUACACUUCAAAUAAAGAGACACGUCAAUCAUGA